AUGGAUAGCACAAAUAAUACUACAAAGAAUACCGCUGAUAAGCAACCCGCAUCAUUAAAACAAAUUCUGGAGCGAUCCAAACUCACAAACAGCAAGAUCCUUCCACAAGAAUUACCAUCCAUCGAGAGAGGCUUGAACCAAAUUGAUUCUCAAACACAGAAGCUCUCUGCAAAGACUGCAACGAGCGAUGAAAAGACUGAUAUAAGAGCACAUUAUUUCUUGGCACAAGGUGGAGUCAAUACUCAAGUAUUGAUUAAGGAAUUGGGCACAAUUCAUUUGGGCGGUUUAGAGGAGCAUCGACAGCCUAUUCAAGAUACAGAUGUGGAAGGCUAUUUACAACAGCAAAAUACAGAGACUGUAAUGCAAAUUGUGCAAGACGGUAGACAAGAGGUCGUAUCCAACAUGAAUGCUACAUUCGAAGAGGACGUUGACAGUUUCUGGGCUGAUUUUACAAAUAACACCGUUAAAGUAAAUCCUACCCAAGGAUCUUCAUUCAAACUAUCAAAGGCAAAAUUUGACCAAUCUCGAGUGGUCAGUGCUGGAAUCAUCCAUUGA